GCCAUUUGCAAAAUCCUGCUGUAAGUCAACAAAUGGCUGAAAUUCUCAGUCUUCCCAAGCAGGCUUAUCUUCUUGUACACUUCUGAGAUAGAAUACUUUCCUGACAAAAGACUUAUAAUUAUAUAUUUUUACCCUCGACUGGCUAUUCAAGUUGCUCUGAAAGUGAGAAGGAUGCCAACUUUGAGUUCUCUGAUGUCCUUAGAAAUAACCAACUUAUAUUUAAAUAUCAUAAAAUUUAUCAUUCUUUAAAAUUCUCCCUCAUAAAAUAGCACCAACAGAAUUUCUCCAAAACUUCUAUUAUAGUUAUACUCAGUACAGUCAGUCAAAUUUUUCA